AUGGAACCCAAAUCCGAUUCUCAAGGCGUCAAGUUGGUCGAUUGGGACGGACCCGAUGACCCACGACACCCGUACAACUGGCCCAAAACACAGCGGGUAACCCAUAUUGCUCUCGUCAGCUUCAUCACAUUGGUAGUAAACCUUGCUGCAACGCUCUUCUCCCCAGCCGCAGCGAAGGUCAUCGUCGACUUUUCCAUUACAAACACAACUAUUGCUUCACUCACCGUAUCUAUCUACCUAUUGGGAUUCGCAUUAGGCCCGUUGGUGAUUGCGCCGCUUUCUGAGCUUUAUGGUCGCUUGUGGAUCUAUCAUAUCUGCAAUGUUAUUUUCUUAGCUUUCACCAUCGGCUGCGCCACCUCCCAGAAUCUCGCCUCGUUUCUAAUAUGCCGAUUCCUUGCUGGUUGCGCUGGCGCUGCCCCUCUUAUUAUUGGCGGUGGUACGAUUGCGGAUUUGGUCCCGGUUGAAAAAAGGGGGGCGGCGAUGGCCGCGUAUGGCAUUGGCCCGCUUCUUGGACCGGUAUUGGGACCUAUCAUUGGAGGCCUUGUAGCUGCGGAUUUGGGUUGGCGGUGGACAUUAUGGAUCAUUAGUAUCAUCGGCGGUACUCAAACUAUUCUAAGCUUCAUCUUUAUGAGAGAGACCUAUGCACCUGUCCUACUUGCUCGAAUAGUCAAAAAGAUGCGAGCAGAAUCGGGAGAUCAAUCGCUACAGCCAAAUGGAAUGACCAACGACAAGCCUACGACACUCUUCCUACGUGCCACUAUCCGACCUACCAAGAUCCUGUUCUGCUCUCCAAUAGUGUUGUCUCUCUCUCUUUUCAAUGCUUUGGUCUUCGGGAUGAUGUUCCUGCUGUUUACAACGUUUCCGACAGUCUUCCAACUCCAAUACGGGUUCGGCACUCGUAUUUCAGGCCUCAGCUACCUUGGACUAGGAAGUGGGAUGCUGAUAGCUCUCUUCUGUUUUAGGAUUUUGAGUGACAGGAUCCUAAAACGAAUGAAGGGCGUGGAUGCCCCAAAACCUGAAUACCGGCUUCCUCUCAUGAUUUGGCUCUGCCCCCUUAUCCCAGUGGGAUUCUUUUUCUAUGGCUGGACGGCUGAGUACAAAGUUCAUUGGAUUGUGCCAAUCUUAGCGACAUCAUUCAUUGGUUCUGGAAGUCUCUUCAUAAUGCUGCCAUCUCAAAUUUACGUUGUCGAUGCAUUUGGGGCUCACGGCGCGGCAUCUGCCCUUGCCGCAUUAGCAGUUAUUCGAUCUAUUUUUGGAUGCUUCAUUCCGCUUGCGGGGCCGAAGCUUUAUGAAGACCUUGGAUUUGGGUGGGGAAAUUCGGUUCUUGGAUUCAUAACUCUAGCAUUUACACCAGUUCCAUUCGUGCUGUACAAGUACGGCGAAAGUCUCCGGCAGAGGUUCCCAAUCAAACUCUAGUAGGGAUCGAAUUGGAACGACGUAUUAUAGGGACAAGGUCUCAGUUGAAAAGCGAGUGGCGUCACGAGACACACCUGAAGGCAUCCAAACACACAUCACAGGUUCAAAGUGUAGAAGGGUAUCGAGUAGCCUACUUUUCAUUCAUCUUGGGAAGGCC